GGCAGUAGUUCGGCUUUAUAAAACAGGCGUGUCAGGAGCGGAGGUUGUGGUUUAAACGCUGGCUUUCACCGUGGGGUUAUUAUGUGGAGCCGUGUGCACGAAGUCAUCAUCUCUUUCGGAUUUUGAAUGCUUCCAGUGAUCUCCUUUGGUAACGUGAUUUGAAGCUUUUGUGAGGAUGGAAAACAAGGAGGAAUCCAUCUGCAGCUCCGUCAGCGACCUUACCUGGGAGCAGGUGAGCCGGCUGAAUGAAGUCCUCACAGAGGUCGUUCCCGUUCACGGACGAGGGAACUUCCCCACCCUAGAGGUGCAGCUGAAAGACAUAGUGGCACGGGUGCGGACUCACCUGGAGCUGAGUGGCAUCCGAGUGAAGGACAUCCGUCUCAACGGCUCCACCGCCAGCCACGUCCUGGUGCAGGACAUCGGCUGGAGCUACAAAGACCUGGAUUUCAUCUUCAGGGUGGACCUCCCCACCGAGGCGGAGUUCAGGCUGGUUAAGGAUGUUGUUUUGGGAAUCCUGCUGGACUUUCUGCCGGAGGGCGUGAACAAGGAGAAAAUCACUCCCAUGACUCUGAAGGACGUGUACGUCCAGAAGCUGGUGAAGGUCAACACGGAGCAGGACCGCUGGAGCCUCAUCUCGCUGUCAAACAACAACGGCCGCAACGUGGAGCUGAAGUUCGUCGACUCGAUACGCCGACAGUUCGAGUUCAGCGUGGACUCCUUUCAGAUUGUGCUGGACUCCAUCCUCUCCCACUACGAGCAGACGCAGCCGGACAUGUCUGAGGCCUUUCACCCUGCCGUCAGAGGGGAGAGCAUGUACGGAGACUUCAACGCCGCGCUCGGCCACCUGCGCGGCAAGCUCAUCGCCACAAAGAGACCAGAGGAGAUCCGUGGUGGCGGGCUGCUUAAGUAUUGCAACCUGCUGGUGCGGGACUUUCAGCCGGCCAAUCAGGAGGAGUUCAAGGCCCUGGAGAGGUACAUGUGCUCCCGCUUCUUCAUAGACUUCCCCGACAUUGGAGAGCAGCAGCGCAAAGUGGAGGCUUACCUGAUGAGCCACUUCAUCGGCGAGGAGAAGAGCAAGUAUGACUACCUCCAGAUCCUACGGAAGGUCGUUAACGAGAGCACCGUGUGCCUCAUGGGCCACGAGCGGCGGCAGACCCUCCACCUCCUCUCGCUAAUGGCCUUCAGGGUGCUGGCAGAGCAGAGCGCCAUCCCAGACGCUUCCUGCGUCACCUGCUACUACCAGCCGGCGCCGUACAUCAGAGACCAUAACUUCAGCAACUACUACGUGGCCAACCAGAACAUUCCAACAUGGCUGCCGUGUAACUGACGAGACAAACGGGUCACUGGACGACUCGACCGCAGCUACUGCUUUUCAAGAGGGAAGGAACUGAUUUGAGAAAAAAAAGAUUCAGAAAAAAAUAUUAAAAGAGGGGAAAAAAUGUCAGAAAAAAAAACCACAGUGGCAAUAAAUGCGACGUUUCUCUUAAGGCACAUUUUCAGUGGACAAGUUUUUUUUUUUUUUUUUUUUUUUUUUUUUUUUUUUGCAUUCUUUCUCAUUCCUUUUCUGCAGAGGUGUUAACGUUUUUAAGUGUUAUUUUUCAAUCUUUCUGGGUGUAUACCUUUAAUCUUAGUGGAGACGUUUGUGCCUUAACCUCUAGCUGUCAGGUUCACCCCUCCAGAGUUAUGAGUACGGAUUGUUGUUAGAAGAAAAUGGAAAAUUAAAUGCUGUAGCCUUCAGUUUGGGUUCCUUGUUUAAAAAAAAAAAAAAAAAAGAAUGUGUGGGUGGGGGGGCUAUGUGCUCGGUGUAUGUGAAGCUUGGAUCAUUGGUUGUAGUUCAUGAUCAGCUCCAUACCUGCCAGCAGUGCCUGAUAUUUGUAAAAAAAAAAAAAAAAAAAAUGCAAACCUUUAUUUUAAAAUUUUCACUGUGAACUUCAGGGUACCCAGAGUUCUGGCUUUGAGCCACGCUCUGUUUCUGAUCGUCCCUUCCUCCUCUGUUUUUAAGUUGCGUUCAGACGAAGUGACCUGCGGAGGUCUGAUUUGGGUUGGAUGGCAGCCUGUGGAGGGAAUGUGCCCAGCAGGGAUCCUUACUGGCUGCUCCUACCUUAAAAGGAGCAGCACAUGGAGAGACCUGCAGGGUCGUCACUGAAAAGGGAUCCUCCACUGACGCAGCCCCGCUAACCGACCCUGGAGCCGCCGGCCGUCUAUUAUUAUCCUCCCUCCCUCAGCUCGGCUGCCUUACAUGUGUUGCUGAGUCACUUCCUGUCCUUCAUCAGGUGCCUGUUGGCAUCUUGCAGCAUUUGAACCCCUUUUGUGGUCAUGGGAGGGCAGACGGGACGUCUCUCCUCUCAGACUUGCAUAUUGAUUAAUGAAACCAGCUGUAAAUGUCCAAAUUUCUAUUUCCAGUAAAUCCUAUUAUUAGCCGUCACCGUUAGACGCUCUGAAUGCUGAGGCUGUGAAGAUUUUAGCCAGUCAUCUCCUCUCUUGUCUUCCUGAUAUUGCAGCCUGAUCACCACAGAGGAGAUUAGAGUUAAACUUGAGUAAAUGGCCACUCCCAUCUCCCGAUAGUUUCUUGGAAGCGUAGUUCCUGGCGCGGCUAGAUUACCUUAUCAGGACGGCUCGCGGCGCGGCGCUGCUAAGGGUUGUCAAGGAAGGAAGAGCUUGGCAUGGCCUGCAGGUCGGGAGGUCGGGUCCUGAUGUGUUCAGCACUUCUUUUCUUUCUUUCUCCCUGCUGUCAGCUCUGAGCCACAAGCAGCUUAACAACCAGCAACUCAAGCAACAAAGUGCCUUUUUGUUUUGGAGAGCUGAAUAUUUUUAAAGGGGUUUUAACUUUGAUCAGGAGAGUCAGUUUGUUUCUUAAAAACACCCAGUUAAACUUUAGAAGACUGUCAUUGCUGUUCUAGAUUAAUCAUUUCAUACUUUUUUUGUCCAGUUUGGGAUUGAGAAUAAUUAUGGCUUAGACGUUUGUUUGUGUUUUGCUUUCUUAAUUUUCAGUCUCAAAGCUUCGUGUGCAGUCGUUCCUGUCGGGCCUUUCAGACGUUCGUUUUUUCCGUCUUUGUUCUGCCCAGUUGGAAUCUGAUGCUUUAAAUGACAGGAUUUGAUUUGCAGAGGAAAGGUUUCGCAUUUUAAAGCUCAGUUUAACCGCCGGUCUUCCAUCGAAGCGCCUCCUGGGGAGCUAAGAGUUUUUGUUGGGUUUUUUGUUUCUGAUUGUUCAGCCUUUAUCCAAAAAAAGAUUAAAAAAUGCAAAAAAAAAAA